AUGAACUCAUUCGAUGAAGGUAACCACUGGAAUAAGAUCAAUGAAUCACCGGUUUUAAAAAUGAAUCAUGGCUGGGGCCAGAACUCAGUCCCAAACGCAACAAACAACAUAUUCACAGAUGUUUGGGAUUCAACUGAGAAUCUAAAUCAGAUGAAACAGCCUACCACAAGCCCUUCUGGCAAAUUAUUGAAUGCAGUUGUUGUGGAAGGGAAUAAACCUGAAGAACCGGAAUUCCAUACUCCAUCAGGGAAUGUUGCCUCUACAGCCAACAUUUCCCCUAGGAGUGAUGUGCAUACUGAUGUAGUCAAAAGCAAUACUAUUAUUAAUAGCAAUAAUGAUAUGGAAUUAUUUACAGAUAUAACUAAACAAUUAUGGUAUACAGAUCUACGAAAAUCCUAUAACCCAUUAGAAGAAAACAUCAUUCACAUUGAAGAUAUCCCUGAACUGGUAGGCUUAUUCUUCAAGCAUAUUAAUUAUAAAGUGAGACAUUCUAUUGAUCUGAAUAGCGAAGGCCCAAUUUCAAGUGAUAAGACUGUAAUUAGAAGAUAUUCGGAUUUUGUUUGGCUAAGACGAGUCUUAAUCAAGAAAUAUCCAUUCAGAAUGGUUCCAGAAUUACCACCAAAAAAACUUGGAGCUCAAAACACAAAUAGGAAAUUUAUUGAGAAGAGAAGAAAGGGAUUAUCGAGAUUUAUUAACUUAAUUAUGAAGCAUCCUAUUUUACAGGGUGAUGAAUUAGUAAUUACAUUUUUAACUGUCCCAGUGGAGUUAUCUUCAUGGAGAACCCAAGCAACUUACGAUCUAUCUGAUGAAUUUACUGAUGAAAAGAUUUCCAAAGAAUUUAAGAAUGCUUGGAAAUCAGAAUAUACAAAUAAAUGGAAUAUCGCUGACUCCAAUAUUGAUUUGAUUUUGGAAGUCUGGUACAAAAUCGGUAUGCUAGUGGAGAGAUAUGAGAGAAGACUUAGAGAAACCGUUCAAGAGAAGAAUAUGUUAGGUACUUUAUUAGACCACAUGUCUAAGAUCUCAAUAAAAUUAUACCCAGAAGAUGAAAAUAUAGGAUCUAUCGAUGUCAUUAAUAAUAAAUUGCAAACGAUAAGAGAUAGUUUAAAGUCAACUAACACAUUCGACGCAGAUGAAAGCGAAGUUUAUUCAUCUAUUAUAAUACCCAAAUUUAAAAUUUUUGUCGAUGUAAUAAAUUCAUUGAAAGGCGUAUUUAAUAGAUACAGAAUUAUUGGUAGAAAUGAUAUCGUGCGGUUAAAAAGAAAAGUUGAACUAAGCAUGGAGAAAUUAAAAACAAUUGAAGAUCAAGGAAGCAAUGAAUAUCUAGCUAUUCAGAGUAUAAUUGAAAAAGAUAAAAAAACUAUUGUCGAUCAAACUAAUCGAGCUUGGCUUAUCAGAAAGUGUCUUCUACACGAAUUUUCUAUGUUCCAGGAGACUCAACACCUCUUGACGGAUGCUUUCUUAGAAUGGAUAAAAACAAAAUCUACAUUCUCUGGCCUUAAAUAUGAGGAGUGGAAAAGAUUGCUUGACCAAUUGCAACAAACAUAA